CAUCUUUCGAUCUCUAUUGUUUGCCAUUGUUGCUACUGUUAGAGGCCUGUUGCCUUGACGGCGUGGGAAAUCCCCCCUCUAAUUCACUUUCAACCUUGCCCUUUUUCAAACCACCACUCACUCUUUAUCUAUCUAUCUUCCAACCUUUGUCGCUAGACGCGCUUUUCCCUCUGACUCAACCAACUGCUGGACAGACCCAAUUGCCCCACGGCACAAACUUGAAUCUUCCAGCACCCACGACUCUUUCUCUAUACACAAAAACAAAAUGGCGCUUCUCUCAGCAGAACACCUGGCUGGGCCGGGCUACAUCAUUCUCAAUGUUCUUCGUGGACUCAACAUCAUUGCUCUAGCUUCAGUCGUUGCCAGCAGUGUUGUCAUGCUUAUCAAGACUUUUAUCAUUUCCAAGUUCUUCUUCUUCGAUGCCACGAGCCACGUCAUCACUGCAUUUGCAGGACUCUUCUUCAUCGUCUCAGAAUGCUCACUAUUCCGCGGUUUCUUCGCCCGCAACUGGCCUCUUCUGAGCCCCUCUCACGGCUUCGUCACCCUAGGCUGUGCCAUGAUGAUCAUUGGCAUGAACCUCCUCGGCAACAUGAACAAAGAAGCCACGAGCCAAAAGUCGCUCACCAUGCCCUUCUGGCGUCUCCUCGUCGCCUCAGGCGUCCUCUCCUUUGUCAUCGGCCUCUUCAACAUAAUUGCUAGCUUCAUCUUCCGCGACAAGUCCCGCAACAUCACCGCCCGCAUGGUCCGCUCCCGCGGCGCCAUGACACUCCACGAAGACCUCGAGACCCAAUCCCAAUGGACCGGCUCAAACUACGAGUCCAAACUCAAACCCUUCACCCUCUCCUCCCACCAAACCGGCAGCACCUCCUCCCGCACCCCGCCCAUGCGCAUGCCCACUCCCCCCGUAGACUGCGGCUCACCCCCGCAACCCCAAUCCAAAGACACCGACGCCCACCACCUCUCCCAAUUCGACUUCAACCCCCUCCGCGCCCUUCGCACAGCCCGCCAAUCCUUCCUCCCCUCCUACCACUCCCAGUCGUCCCCCGGCAAGCUCAACGUCUUCUCCAACCGCCCAGCCUCCUCCAUCUACUCGCGCACCACCUCGGGGGAGCCCGCCCGCAAGCGCUUCUGGCAGCGCCAGCGCGAAGAGCAAGAGCACGAGACUGCCCGCAUGCCCGAGAUUAGCUACCCGCUCAAUGUCAACCCACAGUUUGCCCACCUCGUUAAGCCAAACCUUGCCCAUCACCCCAGUGUGAGGCGUCCCGAGUUUGAUUUUGAUAGUAAUAAGAUUUGA